AUGUCGUACACUUCCCGAACAAACCCCGUCUCUCCAUCGAUGCCACCGCUCGCGCUUCGAACGCCAUCCGGCUCUCGCCUGGAUUUAUCGAAGCCGUGGCAACGUGUAGCAAGGACGACGACGUGUCGAGACGAAAUUCACGAAGCAACACGACGAUAUAAUCACUUUGGAGCCGAAGUUUUUGAAAGGUUUCGUGAGGAGCUUGGUGCUGGGCCAAACACCUACGAACGACUUCGGCAUAACUCGAUUCGGCGACGACUGACA